CCUCUCUUCUUUUGUACACAAUCGCAUCUUGCGACUACGAGCCGACCGUAGUCCAAUCAUUCGCCUUUCGUAUCGUCUUGAGAGUACUACAGGCAGGGAGUCGCCCACUACCAGCACAAACGCCUAGUCACCGGUGCAGCGCAGAUCCAGCCUACCCAGUGUCACACGUCACCACGCCUUCCUCGCAACGCGACUCUACCCCUCCAUACGACAUUCAAUAUGAGCAACACCGACUUCUUGGGCCGUGCCAUCGAUGUGGUGAAGAAGGCCAUUGAGCAGGACACCGCUGGCGAGUACGAGAAGGCCUACCAACAAUACUACGCAGCUCUUGAACUGUUCAUGCUCGCUCUGAAAUGGGAGAAGAACGCAAAGUCCAAGGAGAUGAUCCGCGCAAAGGCUGCCGAAUACAUGGAAAGAGCUGAGAAACUCAAGAAUCAUCUCGCUGAACAAGACACGAAUCGUAAGAAGCCUAGUGCUAUGGGUGCGAACGGAAAGGCUUCCAACGGUGCAGCCAAGGGAAAGGACGACGAUGAUGAACAAGAUCCCGAGUCUAAGAAGCUGCGGGGUGCUCUCGCUGGUGCCAUUUUGACCGACAAGCCCAACAUCAAGUGGGAGGACGUGGCUGGUCUGGAAGGUGCAAAGGAGGCUUUGAAAGAGGCUGUCAUCCUGCCCAUCAAGUUCCCCCAUCUGUUCACCGGCAAACGUCAACCGUGGAAGGGUAUCCUGCUCUACGGUCCUCCCGGUACUGGUAAAUCAUAUCUUGCCAAAGCUGUUGCCACAGAGGCAAACAGCACUUUCUUCAGUGUCAGCAGUAGUGACUUGGUAAGCAAGUGGAUGGGUGAGAGUGAACGUCUCGUGAAGCAGCUGUUCAACAUGGCGCGAGAAAACAAACCGUCAAUUAUCUUCAUUGAUGAGAUUGAUGCACUUUGUGGUCCUAGAGGCGAAGGCGAGUCAGAAGCCUCCAGACGUAUCAAGACGGAACUCCUCGUGCAGAUGGAUGGUGUCGGUCGCGAUUCAAAGGGCGUCCUCAUUCUCGGAGCUACCAACAUUCCUUGGCAACUCGACUCUGCCAUUCGUAGACGUUUCCAGAGGAGAGUGCACAUCAGCUUGCCCGAUCUGCCGGCCAGAACACGGAUGUUUGAACUGGCUGUUGGAUCAACGCCAUGCGAGAUGAAGGCAGAGGACUACAGAACUCUGGCGCAAUACAGCGAGGGCUACUCCGGAAGUGAUAUCAGUAUCGCGGUACAGGACGCUUUGAUGCAACCCGUACGAAAGAUUCAAAUGGCAACGCAUUACAAGAAGGUCACUGUCGAUGGGCAAGAGAAGCUCACACCGUGUUCACCAGGCGACCAAGGCGCAACAGAGAUGACAUGGAUGGAUGUUGAUACAGACAAGCUGCUCGAGCCUCCGCUCAUGGUCAAGGACUUUAUCAAGGCAAUCAAGGCAUCGAGACCAACAGUCAGUCAGGAGGACUUGAAGCAUAAUGCGGAAUGGACUGCAGAAUUCGGUAGCGAGGGUGCUUAGACGAGUAGAGGGCUUGCGGUUGGCAACAUGACGAGGAGAUAUAUCGUGUCUACAAUUGACAAGAUGUGGAUACCC